AUGUCCUCUGCACCCCUGCGCGUAGGUGUAAUUGGCCCCGCAGGAUUCGGCGGCUCCUAUCUUUGUGUCGAAUUGCUGAAUAGAGGACACACUGUCAUUGGUAUCUCCCGGCACCCAGAAAACCUAGGGAAACAUGAACGCUACAUCCCACGAUCUGUGGAUAUCGAUGCCGUUUCUAUUGAAGAAUUGGCAAAGAGUUUCGAGGGGAUUGAUGUCUUAGUUUCGGAAUAUGGACCGCAUACUGCGGGCGCAGGGGCACUUUUAUACAUGCCCUUCCUCGAAACCGUCCGCAAGCUCAUCCUAGCCUACAAACUCUCCCCAGCAACUUACUUCCUCUUCGUCGGCGGCGCCGGCUCCCUCCACGUCCCAGGCACCCAAACCCCCUGCGUCGACCACCCAGACUUCUUCCUCGCCUACCGCCGCGCAAUCUCCACCUCACUCGCCCACAUCGCCUACAUGGAGCAACGCCUGGGCAUCAUGGGCACCGCACUCCGACGCUACCGCAGCGCGCGCCUCGCCGUGAGCAACGGCAGCGCCACUGACGCCGAUCGCGCCGCGAUACAAGAGUACGAAGACGAGAUCCGGACGCAGGAUAUGGCGAGUGAUUUUAUCAAGGCGGGACGAACGGCGUUUAUGUUUUUCGAUGGGAAUACGUCGUUUGAGUGGAGUUUUGUGUCGCCGGCGGCGCUGUACAGGCCGGGGAAGCGGACGGGGAGGUAUGAGAUUAGUGUGGAUGAUAUGGUGUUGGUCGGGGAGCAGAAGGAGGGGGAGAGUGUGUUUGAGGGAAGACUGACGGGGAUUAGUGUGGGGGAUUUGGCGAUUGCGAUUGCGGAUGAGGUGGAGGGGAGGAGGUUGGUGCAUAAGCAUUGGAGUGCGUGGGGUGAUAUUAGUGAGGAUGUGCCUGGGGAGGCGUAUGUGACGCUGGAUCAGGUGGAGGGGGGGAGUAAGUAG